UUUUUUUUUUUGGUUCUGGAAAAAUUGCCCAUUUAGUUUGAUCCAGAAUGUGGUUUGGUAUGCGGCAUUGAAAAAUAUAUUAUUUUUUUUUGCGUUUAUUUCGUGAUUACUUAAUUCAAUAAUUUAUUUAUCCUGACUGGUGAACGAAUAACAAUAUCAAGCAAUCUUGAACAAGUUUGCAUGUGUUAUGAUCAAUCCGACCUCACACGAAUACAACACAGACACAAACACUUCUUUGUACUUGACACUGACGCAUAGUCCGCGUCGCAAAAACCGUGAUUGCACAAAAUAACAAUUUACAAACGCAACAAUAAUAAACAUAGACAAACCUGAAACCUAGGUACGAGAUAACGAGAUUCAAACAAUAUCGUUAAAGAUCCGGCUGUGCGUUUCAUUUGAAGUUCUACAGUGGUUUUGGUUGCGUGCAUUGUUUUCAUUCUUUCGUUCAAUACAUGUUUCGAUUGGAAGCGUUUAGUUUCUAACUAUUUUUUUUUAAUUCCCAAUCCAUGUGAAACAAAUAUUCAACGGAAUAAUUUGCAUAUUGUGUGACGAAGAGGAGAAGAUGAUUUCAAGUUGGUGUUUAACGGUUUUUCUGGUGUUUGGUCCGUUUGCGAUUUGCAUGGCUCAAGAUCAUACGUCUGAGCCGGAAACGUGCUCGUUGAUCGAAUCGGUGAAUAAGGUUCUAAAUAUAACGGCAACUAUUACAGCCGAAAUAGAAGCCACUCAAUUUAGAGAAAAUGCUCCGCUGAAGCUCGAAUAUGAUUUUGUGAUUAUUGGGUCUAGCCCCUCGGGAUGUGUGCUUGCAAAUAGACUGUCCGAGCGAAAUCAUAGUGUUUUAUUGUUAGAAGCUGGCUCUGCUGAAAAUCCCAUGAUUACCAACGUGCCAAUGGGUGCACCAAAUCUGCAGCUUAGCGAUUGGAAUUGGAACUAUGCCACGGAAGUGCAAGAAAAUGCGUGUUUGUCAAUGGAAGGUCAACGGUGCAAUUGGCCACAUGGUCGUGGUUUAGGUGGCAGCUCAAUAAUCAAUUACAUGAUUUAUACGAGAGGAAAUAAAAGAGACUUUGAUCGAAUUGCUGCGGCUGGAAAUCCUGGAUGGAGUUUCGAUCAUAUUUUACCGCUUUAUCAGAAAAUCGAAAGAUCUUUGGUCGAACCCAUGGACGAUACCGAUUCUUUUGGCAAAACGGGCCUAUUACAAAUCGAAGAAGCGAGGUUUCGAACACCGAUCGCACGUGCAUUCGUAGAAAGCGCAAUACGUUUGAAUUAUUCGCACGUGAAUUACAAUAGUGGUGAUCAAAUUGGCGUUUCUUAUUUACAUUCGUCCACUAAAAAUGGUUGGCGCCAAACGGCUGCAAGAGCAUUCUUGUCACCAAUUCGAAACCGGCCGAAUUUGGAUAUAUCGCUACGGACAUGGGCUACUAAACUACUGUUCAACGUAAACGGUGAUCAAGUCAAGGCCAUCAAAUUCGUUCGAAAUAGACGUGAAUACACGGUUAAGGUGCGCAAAGAAGUGAUCCUGGCCGCUGGUGCAUUUGAGACCCCAAAGCUUCUGAUGCUAUCGGGAAUUGGACCGGAGGAACACCUCAAAGACUUGAAUAUAAAAGUAAUAAAGAAUCUACCAGUGGGACAAACUCUGCAUGAGCAUAUGGCGGUUUUCGGACCCAUUUUCACGGCUGACAAUGUUACCGAUGGUCUUGUCAACAUGAAUGAUGUUCUUCAAUUAAAGCCAAUAUUUGAAAUGUUGGAAGGCAAAGGACCAAUGACAUCAACAGGCAUUGAAUCGUUGUUGUAUAUGAAAACGAAUAAUUCCAUAAGCUCAGAUCCUGGGUAUCCUGACAUUGAACUACUGCAAUCUUUUGCUACUAUAGCAUUUGACACUUCACAGGGUACACGCGAGGGAAUCCGAUUGUCUCAAGAAGCGUAUGAUGCGGUUUUUAAGCCACUUGAAAAUCGGCGAUCGUUUCAGGUGUUACCAAUGUUACUUCAUCCGCGCAGUAAAGGCCAUUUGCGGCUGAAAAGUCGAAAUCCAUUCCAUCAUCCAUUGAUGUACCCAAACUUUUUCGCGGACUCCCGUGAUAUAGACACAUUGCUCGAUGGGAUUCGUGAGAUAAUCAAAAUCGCACAACAGCCAGAAUUUAAAGCGCUCGGCGUAGAAUUGUAUAAUGCUACAUUUCCCGGAUGUGAUACAACCGAAUUCAAUUCCGAUGAAUAUUGGCGAUGCUACAUCAGACAUCUGUCGGCUACGCUUCACCAUCAGGUGGGUACUUGCAAAAUGGGACCGCAUUCAGAUCAAACAGCUGUUGUCGAUUCACAUGGACGGGUGCACGGGUUCAGAAAUCUUCGUGUGGCUGACAUAAGUAUUCUUCCAGAAUCACCGUCGGGACAUACGGCUGCAUUCAGUUUUGUGAUUGGCGAGAAAAUCGCUGAUAUCAUUCGCACUGAUUCGUUACCAAAGGAGUCAAACAUACAAAGAUUGACACGAAUACGGAAAUCUCUUGAUUGGCUAUACCAGGACCCGGAGCACACGACAGAAGUCAAACCAGUCACAACAACUGCAACCAAACGCCUAGUGCUGAAUCAACCGUUUACAACAGCCACUCCAAAGCAAACAAUGAAUGCGGAUGUGAUGCAUGCACUGCAUUCGUUGAACAUGUCCGCUAUACAUGAAAAUAGUCAACAAUUUAAACACUCAACGGUUGGUGAUGUUGGCGUUAUUCUAUGGGGUUCACCCAUGGUGACAAAAACAAUAGACUUCAAAUCUAAAUUGGCUGAACUUUCAAACUCAACGAGUGCCAAUGAAACAAAACGCUUUGAAUUGAAACAACGAAUAAUAAAACCGACCAGUACUACUAUAAAAACUACCACAUUGCUUGCGGUGACCGAGAAUUUGAUUGAAUCGGUGACUGACGAAAAGAAUAAAGAGGAAAAUGAUGACGAGACUAAAACUCUACUGACCUCGUCUUUUGAAAAUGCAACAAGAUCAAACGAAACUGUUACAAUAAAGGUUGAACCGGUUGAAAAGACGACCGUUGAGUCAUCAACAAAACUGUCUAACAUGGAUAGGAUAAUGGCCACGGCGCCGUCACUCAAUGAAGAUGCAGUUAAUACUUAUAAAUUGAAGGAAAUUGAAAAGCGUCGAAAUUCCAAGGUCAAGUUUGCAAAAGAAUACCAUUCGGAACCUACAAAUUUAACAAGUGUUCCAAAUGAAAAUGCAACAGAUUCUUCUAUCGAAAAUACGACGACUAAAUUGCUGCACCAAAACAUCGAACCCACAAGUUGAUAUGAGUAAUUUGAGUGAGAGUCAAGCCAAGAAAACUGCCAUUUGAUCAAUGUGAAUGUUCCAAAUUAAUAUCAAAUAUAACGAAAUAAAUUCCUAUUUCAUUGUG